GAGAUGCUAUCGCUUCCCUGCCGUUACCUCCUGCUCAUCCUUGCUCAACAGUGCUUCAGCUGGGCUCAGAACAAUGGGCAGCUGACUCCUCGAGACGGGCGGGCCGCGGCCGAGAGGCGGCAGUUCUGCCAGUGGCCCUGCAAGUGUCGGCAGAGACCCCACUGCGCCCCGGGGGUGAGCUCCGUCCUGGACGGGUGCGGCUGCUGCAAGAGCUGCGCGAGGCAGAUCGGAGAGCCGUGCAACGAGAGGGACGUCUGCGACCCGCACAAGAACAUGUACUGUGACUUCUCAGCUGACCGGCCCAGAUACGAGGUCGGAGUGUGUGCAUACCUGAUGGCAGUAGGCUGCGACCUGAAUGGGGCCCACUAUGAGAACGGAGAAGGAUUCCAGCCCAGCCCCCUCUAUAAGUGCACUUGUAUUGCUGGAGCCAUCGGCUGCACCCCCGCUUUCAUCCAGAAGCCUGCUGCUCUCCUGGGCCCCGCGCCGCUGAUGGGCAGCAUGCCAGCCGGCCUUCGCAGUGGCCAGAGCCCGAAGAAGCACCAGCAGGACACGACCUACAUGUCAGCUUACAGGGAUCCUCCUUUAGCCUGGAAGAAGAACUGUCUGAUCCAGACCACGCCCUGGAGCCCCUGCUCCAAAACCUGCGGCCUGGGCAUCUCGGUGCGCGUCGACAACGACAACGGCAAGUGCGAGAUGAGGAAGGACCAACGCCUGUGUCUGCUGCGGCCGUGUGAGAAGAGCGUGAUGAGGAGUGUUAAGAUGCCAAAGGGAAAGACGUGCCGGCCUAAGUUCCAAGCGAAGAAAGCGGAGAAGCUGACGCUCUCGGGCUGCACCAGCACCAAGAAGUUCAAGCCCACGUACUGUGGCGUCUGUACGGACAAGCACUGCUGUGUCCCCAACAAGUCGAGCAUGAUCAAAGUCAACUUCACGUGCAAGGCGGGCUCCAACACACAGUGGAAGAUGCAGUGGAUCACGUCCUGCGUGUGCCAGAGGAAGUGCACCGAUCCAGACGACAUGUUCUCUGACCUGCGGUUACUCUGACGGAUCCAACCGAGACACAGGCGCUGGGACGUGAUCCCUGCUGUGGCGGACUAAGGACAGAAACAUAUGCAUACUCUGGUCAUUAAGUUAGAAAAAACAACCUCUUUUCGUAAGGAACGAGUGGCUGGGAUCAUUGAAUAGAUGAAGACUUCUACUUAUGAUAAAAGCUUUUAUGAGCCCUA